GCGGGAGGGGCGGGGCCACGCUGCGGGCCCGGGCCAUGGCGGCCGCCGAUGCCGAGCAGGCAGUUCCGGCCAAGGGUGAGACUAAGCAGGAUAGCUGCAUGAAAACUGAGCUGCUGAGAGAAGACAUACCUAUGGCUGCUGAUGAAGGUUCUGCAGAAAAGCAGGCAGGAGAGGCCUCCAUGGCUGCGGAUGGUGAAACCAAUGGGUCUUGUGACAAUGGUGACACCAGUCACCCAAACGCAGCCAGACACACUCAGGAGAGCACAAGAGCCAGCCCACAGGAAAGUUCCAAUAGAGCAGCACGAAUAGCGGAAAAUGGGGUUUCAGAAAGAGAAACAGAAGUGGGGAAGCAGAACCAUGUCACAGCCGACGACUUCAUGCAGACUUCUGUCAUUGGCAGCAAUGGAUACUUCUUAAAUAAAUCGACCCUGCAGGGGCAGCCCUUGAGGACUCCCAACACUCUGGCCUCCUCGCUUCCCGGCCAUGCUGCAAAAACCCUUCCUGGAGGGGCUGGCAAAGGCAGGACUCUAGGUGCAUUUCCGCAGACACCAGCGGCAGCGCCAGCCGUUCCUGGGGAAGGAAGUGCAGACACAGAGGACAGGAAGCCCACGGCCCCUGGAGCGGAUGUCAAGGUUCACAGGGCACGCAAGACCAUGCCGAAGUCUGUCCUGGGCCUGCAUGCAGCCAGCAAGGACCCCAGGGAAGUUCGAGAAGCUAGAGACCAUAAGGAACCAAAAGAGGAGAUCAACAGAAACGUUUCUGACUGUGGACGACAGCAGCUUUUACCCCCCUUCCCAUCCCUUCACCCGUCACUACCUCAGAGCCAGUGCUACAUGGCCACCACAAAGUCACAGACAGCUUGCUUGCCUUUUGUUUUAGCAGCUGCAGUAUCUCGGAAGAAAAAACGAAGAAUGGGAACCUACAGCCUGGUUCCUAAGAAAAAGACCAAAGUGUUAAAGCAGAGAACGGUGAUUGAGAUGUUUAAGAGUCUAACUCAUUCCACUGUGGGCUCCAAGGGUGAAAAGGCCUUGGGCGACAGCACCCUUCAUGUGAAUGGGGAGAGCUUGGAGAUGGACUCAGAAGAGGACGAGUCUGACGAGCUUGAGGAUGACGAGGACCACGGAGCUGAGCAGGCUGCUGCGUUUCCCCCAGAGGAUAGCAGGACUUCUAAAGAGAGCAUGUCCGAGACUGACCGGGCCCCAAAGAUGGAUGGCGAGUCAGAGGAGGAGCAGGAGUCGGCUGAUACUGGGGAGGACGAGGACGGCGGAGACGAGUCUGACCUGAGUUCUGAAUCCAGCAUCAAGAAGAAAUUUCUCAAGAGGAGAGGAAAGACUGAGAGCCCCUGGAUCAAGCCGGCUCGGAAAAGAAGGAGGAGAAGUAGAAAGAAGCCAUGUGGUGCGCUCGGUUCCGAGGCGUGUAAGCCAUCUCCAGGAAGCUCCGAGCAGACGGCUCCGGGAGACAGCUCUGGGUAUAUGGAAGUUUCUCUGGACUCACUGGAUCUCCGUGUCAAAGGGAUUCUGUCCUCCCAAGCGGAAGGACUGGCCAGCGGUCCAGAUGUGCUGGAGACAGACGGCCUCCAGGAAGUGCCUCUCUGCAGCUGUCGGAUGGAAACUCCCAAGAGCCGCGAGAUCACCACCCUGGCCAACAACCAGUGCAUGGCUACCGAAAGUGUGGACCACGAAUUGGGCCGGUGCACAAACAGCGUGGUCAAGUAUGAGCUGAUGCGUCCAUCCAACAAGGCGCCACUCUUGGUGCUAUGUGAGGACCAUCGGGGACGCAUGGUGAAGCACCAGUGCUGUCCCGGCUGCGGCUACUUCUGCACAGCGGGUAACUUCAUGGAAUGUCAGCCCGAGAGCAGCAUCUCUCAUCGCUUCCACAAGGACUGUGCCUCUCGAGUCAACAAUGCCAGCUACUGUCCCCACUGUGGGGAGGACACCUCCAAGGCCAAAGAGGUGACCAUAGCGAAAGCAGACACGACAUCUACAGUGACCCUGGCCCCUGGGCAGGAAAAGAGCCUGGUCACCGAGGGCAGGGCCGACACGACCACGGGCAGCACUGCUGGAGCCCCACUCUCUGAGGAUGACAAGCCGCAGAGUGCAGCUCCCCAGGUGCCCGAGGGCUUCGAUCCUGGGCCGGUGGGACUGGCGAGGCCAACCUCUGGCCUUUCCCAGGGACCCGGAAAGGAAACCUUGGAAAGCGCUCUGAUCGCUCUGGACUCGGAAAAACCCAAGAAGCUUCGCUUCCACCCGAAGCAGCUGUACUUCUCCGCCAGGCAGGGCGAGCUGCAGAAGGUGCUCCUCAUGCUGGUUGAUGGAAUCGACCCCAACUAAAUGGAGCACCAGAACAAGCGCUCCCCACUGCACGCCGCGGCGGAGGCCGGCCACGUGGACAUCUGCCACAUGCUGGUUCAGGCGGGCGCCAAUAUUGACACCUGCUCGGAAGACCAGAGGACCCCACUGAUGGAGGCUGCAGAAAACAACCAUUUGGAUGCAGUGAAGUACCUCAUCAAGGCCGGGGCGCAAGUGGAUCCAAAGGAUGCAGAGGGCUCCACAUGUUUGCACUUGGCUGCCAAGAAGGGGCACUACGAUGUGGUUCAGUACCUGCUUUCCAAUGGACAGAUGGAUGUCAACUGCCAGGACGAUGGCGGCUGGACUCCCAUGAUCUGGGCCACUGAGUAUAAGCACGUGGAGCUUGUGAAGCUGCUGCUAUCCAAGGGCUCCGACAUCAACAUCCGGGACAACGAGGAAAACAUCUGCCUGCACUGGGCUGCAUUCUCGGGCUGUGUGGACAUAGCCGAGAUACUGCUGGCCGCCAAGUGUGACCUGCACGCCGUGAACAUCCACGGAGACUCGCCCUUGCACAUUGCCGCCAGGGAGAAUCGCUACGACUGUGUCGUCCUCUUUCUUUCUCGGGAUUCAGAUGUCACCUUAAAAAACAAGGAAGGAGAGACGCCCCUGCAGUGCGCCAGCCUUGACUCGCAGGUGUGGAGCGCACUGCAGACCAGCAAGGCUCUGCGGGACUCCGCCCCCGACAGGCCCGCCCCCGUGGAGAAGACGGUGAGCAGAGACAUCGCUCGGGGCUACGAGCGCAUCCCCAUCCCCUGCGUCAAUGCUGUGGACAGUGAGCCCUGCCCCACCAACUACAAGUAUGUCUCCCAGAACUGCGUGACCUCCCCCAUGAGCAUCGACAGGAACAUCACUCACCUGCAGUACUGCGUGUGCAUAGACGACUGCUCCUCCAGCACCUGCAUGUGUGGUCAGCUCAGCAUGCGCUGCUGGUACGAUAAGGACGGCCGUCUCCUGCCAGAGUUCAACAUGGCUGAGCCUCCCUUGAUCUUCGAGUGCAACCACGCCUGCUCUUGCUGGAGGAACUGCCGCAACCGAGUGGUGCAGAACGGUCUCAGGGCCAGGCUUCAGCUCUAUCGGACGCAGGACAUGGGCUGGGGCGUGCGGUCCCUGCAGGACAUCCCCUUGGGCACCUUUGUCUGCGAGUACGUUGGGGAACUGAUCUCGGACUCGGAAGCCGACGUUCGGGAAGAAGACUCGUAUCUCUUCGACUUAGACAACAAGGAUGGAGAGGUGUACUGCAUCGAUGCUCGGUUCUACGGGAACGUCAGCCGGUUCAUCAACCACCACUGCGAGCCCAACCUGGUGCCCGUGCGCGUCUUCAUGUCCCACCAGGACCUGCGGUUUCCCAGGAUCGCCUUCUUCAGCACCCGCCCGAUCCAGGCUGGAGAACAGCUGGGAGGUGCUGAGUUCUGGUCCCCCAGGUUUGACUACGGGGAACGCUUCUGGGACAUCAAGGGCAAGCUCUUCAGCUGCCGCUGUGGCUCUCCCAAGUGCCGGCACUCAAGUGCCGCCCUGGCCCAGCGGCAGGCCAGCGCAGCCCAGGAGGCUCAGGAGGAUGGCCUGCCUGACACCAGCUCUACAGCUGCCACUGACCCGCUAUGAGACGCCGCGGGCCGGCGGAGGCUGGGUAUCUGGUUCUGAUGGACUGCGGUUAGGAGGCGCUGCAGAGGGACCAGGGGAGCAGACACCUCCCAGCAGUGCCCCAGACCUGAGGCCUUGCAGCCCGGCCUGCUGCUCAGGCUGGAGCCCACUUUGGACCACGCGCCUCGGAAGAUGCUGGGGCUCCGCAUGGUGUGACCUUGUGAGUUUCCGACGGUGGUCUGUCUUUGCGACAUUUCUCGUUUCUCCCUCUGAUCUCUGAGGUCCUCACUCCACCACUGGGUUGGUUUGUUCUCCAGUCCAACCCAGACUCCUGUGUGGCGCCCGCCAAAACCGCCAUCACCCACAGCUGCUCCGUUAGGCCUGCCCACCCUCACCCUGUGUAGCUGGUGCCCCCUCUCAGGUGCCAGUCUCCUGUCACAGCCUGGGCGAGGUCAGGCCCAAAACGUGGGUCUGCUUUUUAAAGAAAUCCUAUAUCUAGUCCUAUGUAUCAAAACUUUAACUGGCACUUCUCUGCGAGGAGGCAGUGGGUGCAGGUGGACCUGCACCGCCCAGCCAGGCCCUUGAGGCUGGCGCCCUUGAUCUGAAGCCACAUGCGAUGACGGCGAGUCAGCUGAUUUGCUUCCCUCCCUUAUCGAACACAAGGACAGACAAAGAAUAAACACAACACAGACAACGGUGCUGAACCUGGUGUGGUUUCUACUCACCACCUGAAAAUAAACUAUCAACUGUAAAAAGAGAACAAAGUGAUUUUAGAAUAAAAUGCAGGAAAAACUUUUUUAAAACGUUAGUCUUGUAGUUGAAAUAAAUUUGCCGUCGCCUUUUGUGUGACGGCCUGGCAGGUCAUGUACUUUUUUUGGCAUAUACCUUUCUAAAUACUGUAACUAGUGCAGCAGCCGUGGGUUUUUUUGUGUGACUCUUCUAAAACAUUCAUAUUGCAGUCAUGUUUAUUUUUUCUGUUAAAAUGUUUUUGACAGUUUUAAGAGCAGUCUUUUGGCUCAGACCAUUUCUUGUUCUGUUUUCAAUGAAAUCAAUAAAAAAAAAAGUACUUUAAGUGAGUGUCACUGA